AUGCAAUCCUCCUCCAGGCCAUUGACGCUUCAGCGUCCGUCCGUGUCGAGCCCCUCGGCCACUGCGAUACCCAGCCGGUCCCAUGCUCGAAACAACUCCCACUCCCUCCUCUCCUCUUCCCUCAACGCGAACCACCGCGUGACCCGACGCAAGUCCGUGACGAAUCCCGGUCCUAACGUAGCUGCUCUCACCGCGGCUGUUGCCAACGGCGAGCAGAUUGCUGCUAUCCCCAUCACGAACGCCGGCCGACGAAACACCAUCUCCAAAGCGGCCCUGGCCAAGACAUCCCUCGUCGGCAGUCUCCCCUCCCCUCCGGCUAGUCUGCCAACCAAUGGGGCCAUUCCCGACAUCAAGCAAGAUGCACACGACAGUGCUAUCGACGACGGCAAUGACGUUUCGGCAGACGAAGAUGACAAGUCUCAGAAGGCUCGCAUUCGACGAGCUAGUGACGGUUCACCACUUGUGAAGGAGCCCAAGAAGAGCAACCGUGUCGAGGUUCGCUGUGAAAAGUGCGGCAAGAGUUACAAGCACAGCAGUUGCUUGACCAAGCACUUGUGGGAGCAUACCCCCGAAUGGUCCUUCACGUCGAAGCUGCUCAUUUCAAAGCACCAACAAGUGCAGCUUCUGGAAGCCGCCUCUGUACUUGUCGCUAUGAACGACAAGGAGAGCACAGCGACGCCGCCCGAGUCAACUAAGGACUCUGCUAGCGAGCCGGAUUCUCCAUCGCCUGCUGCCUCAGGCUACUCAGACCACGUUGAACGCCAAAGCUCGGCCGAUACUACCCCGCCGCCCAUGGAGGAAUCUGGUCUUAACGAAUUGUCAUACCGCGAUGGCAAUGGUGCUGGGUUUGCUCGAAGCUACCAGUCCACCGUCUCCGGCAGCCUUCCCAGGGGCUCGGCUUUUGGACAUUUCCGACAGCCUAGUCACGAGCGUCGCCCACCGUCGUCUGGUGCCAACCACACGGGUGAGGAUGACCGUGACUUGGCUGCUGCAGUCGAGCUGCUCAGCUGCAGUUUCAACAGCAACAAUGGAUCCCGCAGUACUGUCACCGUGCCCUUAGAUGCACCCCCGGUACCACCAGUCCCAGCCCAGUACCUUGACCAGGCUGCUUCGUUUUCGAGUGCGGGAUUCAUCAACAGUUUUCCCCAGCGUCAGCCAGAGAGCUUUACUCGAGGCGAGAUGCGACGCGGGGGUGAAGAUGUCAAGAUGGAAGACAGCGAUGACGACUUCGACAUGCAGUCGCGUGCUCGGAGUGACGAAGAUGACGAUGGCGUUUUCGGUCGCAUGGAGGAGUAA